AAAUGGCGGCACAGUGUGUGACAAAGGUGGAGUUGACUAUUGCCUGCACCAAUCUCUUGGAUAAAGAUGUUGGUUCUAAGUCAGACCCGCUGUGUGUGCUUCUCCAGAACACGAGUGGUCAGCACUGGUAUGAGGUGGAUCGCACAGAAAGAGUUAAGAAUUCCUUGAACCCGAAGUUUGCCAAGAAAUUCUUAAUUGAUUACUAUUUUGAGCUUGUUCAGAAACUCAAAUUUGGAAUAUAUGACAUCGAUAACAAAACCUUCGAUCUGAGCGAUGAUGACUUCUUAGGAGAAUUUGAAUGUACACUGGGACAAAUAGUUUCUAGCAGGACUCUAACAAAACCAUUAGUGCUUAAAAAUGGCAGACCUGCUGGUAGAGGAAGUAUUACGAUUACAGCGGAAGAAGUGAAGGAUAACAGGGUGGUUAUAUUGGAAGUAGAAGCGAGGAAACUGGACAAUAAGGAUUUUUUUGGUAAGUCAGAUCCUUAUCUGGAAUUCCACAAGCAGACUGGAGAUGGAAACUGGGUGAUGGUUCACAGAACAGAGGUCAUUAAAAACAACCUGAAUCCUGUUUGGAGGCCCUUUAAAAUCUCUCUCAAUUCUCUGUGUUACAGUGACAUGGAUAAAUCAAUCAAGGUUGAGUGCUAUGACUACGAUAGUGAUGGGUCUCAUGACCUCAUCGGAAGUUUUCAAACGACAAUGUCAAAACUGAAGGAAGCAUCUCGAUCCUCACCUGUUGAAUUUGAGUGCAUCAAUGAAAAGAAAAGACAGAAGAAAAAAAGCUAUAAAAACUCUGGCAUUGUGAGCGUUAAGCACUGUGAGAUCAUAGUAGAAUGCACAUUCCUUGAUUACAUCAUGGGUGGGUGUCAGCUGAAUUUCACAGUGGGAAUAGAUUUUACAGGCUCCAAUGGAGACCCUCGCUCUCCAGACUCUCUGCAUUACCUCAGCCCAAAUGGAGUUAAUGAAUACCUGACAGCAAUUUGGUCUGUAGGAAUGGUCAUUCAGGAUUAUGAUACAGAUAAGAUGUUUCCAGCCUUUGGAUUUGGUGCACAAAUUCCUCCUUCCUUUCAGGUGUCACAUGAGUUCCCAUUAAAUUUUAACCCAUCAAACCCGUUCUGUAAUGGAAUCCAAGGCAUUGUUGAUGCAUAUCGGGCUUGUCUUCCUCAAGUGAAGUUAUAUGGGCCAACAAAUUUUUCUCCAAUUAUAAAUCAUGUGGCAAGAUUUGCUGCUGCAGCUACGCAACAGCAAACAGCAUCUCAAUACUUUAUACUUCUGAUCAUAACGGAUGGUGUGAUAACAGACCUUGAUCAAACUCGAACUGCUAUAGUUAAUGCUUCGAAAUUGCCCAUGUCCAUUAUCAUUGUUGGUGUUGGAGGAGCAGACUUCGAUGCUAUGGAGUUUCUUGAUGGUGACAAUGGAGUUCUUAGGUCCUCGUCAGGAGAACCAGCUGUCAGAGACAUUGUCCAGUUUGUGCCAUUCAGGAAGUUCCAAAAUUCUCCAAAAGAAGCUCUGGCGCAGUGUGUCCUGGCAGAAGUCCCUCAGCAAGUGGUGAACUACUUCAGCACCUACAAACUGCAACCUCCUAAGAAUCCUGCUACAAAGUGAAUGGGCUGAGCAGGGGAGCUGAGACUUUGUGCUUGCUUUACUUUCUGUAUCUACAGAC